AUGUCUGCCCAGCUUGGGGACCCUUCUGGGCCCCCAGAUAUUGUGUCUCCAUUUGAAAAGUUUCAAGCCACAAAGCGAUCAGUAGAUGAAAGUCAUUUCCCCCGUGCAAGAAAGUCCAGACGCCUUACAGUUGGAGACACAAUGGAGAUAUCAAGUAUGACCUUGAUGGACCUUACUCGGAUUCAGGAUGUUAGCAUGGAGUUGACUGUGCCUGUUAGCUCUUUGCUCAAGCGCCAAGAAGAUGCUCACAAGGCCUUGGAGAUUGCAGGUGGGCCUUUCUCUCUUAAGAAUGAGGAGUUGACACAGAAGGUGUCAAGUCUAUCAGAGAAGUUGGCUGAGAAGGAGCGUAGCACCUCCAAACUCAUUGGACAGCUUCGAAGUGAAAGGCACAUCAUAGAACUCAAAUCUCUGGAAAAGGAUCAGUUGAUUGAGAGACUGGAGAAGAAAAUCACUCAGUUGGAGUCAGGGCAAGAGGAAAUGAUGAAUGAGCUUCAGCUGGCCCUGGAGAGGCAAGAGGAGGAGAACAAGACCCUCCAUGCUCAACUGAAAGAUUCCAUGGAUGCAUGCAAUGCUAUGGGGAAGGAAAAGAUGCAGCUCAUUCGACAGGUCUCUUCUCUGGAAGCCUCCUUGUCGAAAGCUCACAUGAACAUGAAGGAGCUGGAAGGGAAGGUAGGAGAGCUGGAGACAGGGAUAGUAUUAUCAAAGACAAUGCAGGAAAAAGUUCUUCGACUCCCUAGCCUCGAGGCUGAGCUCCUUGAGGUUCAAAAGGACAACCUGGCUCUCCGGGAGAAGAUAGCAAACACCUUCUUGCUAAAGGAGCAGAAUACACAUCUUCAGGCAGAAGUGGAGCGACUCAAGGAGCGUAUGGCUGAAAUGGCUGAAAUCCAUGCUCAAGUUUCCAGUCUGGAUGGAGAGCUGUCUUCAUGGAAGAAGGUGUCUCUUCAGAUGGGGUUGCCUGAUCCUUCUCCAGAAGACUUGGCUAACUAUGUGGCUAAUCUUCAAUGCAAGGAUUUGCAAAAUACUGAGCAGAUCAGCUCCAUUAAAGCUGACCUUGCAAUGGAGCAGAGGAGGAGCUCAGAAGCCAGUGGGAAGGCAAAGAGUCUUGAGGAACGACUGUGUAGUGUUGAGAAGAUGAUCAUUGACAAGGAUGCCAUUCUCAAGAAGUACAGUCGUAAACUCAUGCUCCUCUCCAAGGAAGUUCAGUCAUACAAACAAAUCCUGGACUCCUGUGAGAAGGAUACAACAAUAAAUUUGACUGAUGAACGUGUGGCUCAGCUAGAGGAGCUUCUCCAAGAGUAUCGCCAGUUUAAUGACAGCCUAUCAAUGCAGAGGUCAUCCAAUGAGGAGCUGGAGAAGAUUCAGAAGCUCCAAGAAAAACUCCAACAACUGGAGACAGAAAAGGAACACCUAAGUCAAGAUCGUAAGCGUCUUGAGGAGCUCCUUGAGCAUCGAGUCAGGGGCGACUACAAUCCAGCUCAAACCAAAGUGUUCCGCUAUAGCAUGAACCCCUUGGCACAAGCUCAGGAAGAGCGGGAAAAACAGUUGGAAUCUCUGGAAGUGGAUAAUGCUAGGCUGAAGGAACGAAUACGUCUGAUGGAAGAAGGAGAAGCAUUGGAACUGACACAACGGGCAGCUGCAUCUGUUGAUGUGAACACGACCAAGGAACUCGAAAGAUUAAAGGUACAGCUGAAGAACUCGGAAAUGAAGACUACAAGGAUGAUGGAAGCAUUCAAGCAGACCAGCAUCGAGUUUCGGCAGACAAUUCAUGCCCUGAUGGGCUAUCAAGUUGAGAAGAUGAGUGGACGACACUACAAGGUCCUCAGUGUGUAUGCAGACUCACCCAAUGACUAUCUCCACUUUCAGGUGGGAUCUCAUGCAAAGGGUACCCUGGAGCUGUUGGAGACAGAAUUUUCCAAAGCCAUGUCUGAGGACAUAGAACACUUCCUGGUUGCUCAGCAUUCCAUCCCAGCCUUUCUGAGCAACAUUACCUUGAAACUCUACGGCCAACAGACGCUUCCCAGUAGUCAGUAG